UAUUCAGACGUUAGCACAAUAAGACAUUAGCAUAGCUUUAGAGCGAGAAAGAGCAUUUACAAGACACCAUUAUCUUAUGCAAUGUUUCCCUCCUCUGUGUAAAUCGUCAUUUCCCUUUUUAUUUAUUUAUUUUAAUGUUUUUGGGGUUGGGGUCAGGCCAUCUUAUGAACAAUGGAUCAGCCGCGCACUGCGCUCGCCAAAUUGCUUGCUUUGUCAUGCGGCGGCUCCUCUCCACCGGGGCCAUGUCUUCCUCUGCCCCUUAUUCGUCGUUCCUACCAGGUAAAAACCCUAGCUCGAUCCGCCUCACACAUCAGCGGCGACUCAAUGGUGUUCGUUUCUCUUUUCCCACCCGCUUCGUCGUCGUCGGUUCUUCCAUACGCUGCCUUGCCUCCUUCUCACCGGCCGAGCGAAUCAAAGUCCACAACCCCAUCGUUGAGAUGGAUGGUGAACCACAUCCCCCUAGUGUGUGUGUGUUUGCUGUUUAUUUUUUUUUGCUCUCUUGGUUCUUUUCCCGCUUUCAAACGCUUAUUCUUCUCUCCUCGGUACGUUCUAUCGAUAUCUACUUCUUUUUUUUCAAUUCAGAAAAAAAAAGAGGUUAAAACCCUACCUAUCUGAUGUACAUAAAAACUUUUUGAUGUCUUCUCAGGCGAUGAGAUGACGACGGUCAUCUGGAGGAUUCCAGAUGAUAAAAGAAAAGCUAAUUUUUCCAUUUCUCGAAUUGGACAUCAAGUACUUCGAUCUGGGCCUCUUGAGUCGUGAUGCCACCGACGAUCGGGUAACCGUUGAAAGUGCCGAGGCAACUCUCAAGUUACCUACCACGACCUUCUUUAUAGUAGCACUUCCCCUUCCUCCUUCCACUUAAAUGAUUUAUUGUGUUUUCUUACAGUGAUAAACUGAAUACCAAUUUGUGUAUAAUUAAUGUUCGUGCAUAUAGGAAACUUGCUUUACCAUUUUGUACAUGCUUGUAUCGAUUGGUGUAUUCAAUCUUCCAUUUCACCGGAUCUAUCGAAUUAUUUCUCAGAAAGAUACGUGGGAACAGUGUUUGCUUAAACUAGCAUCAGCAUGAAUUCUGCAGUCCAUUAUAUCUGCAGUCCAUUAUAUCAGCAUGAAUUCUGCAGUCCAUUAUUUCAAGUGGCAGCAUUAGGGUCUUUUGGAUCAUCAUCUUUAAUGGUUCUUGAUGAUGAUUCCUCUAACGUAGCUUUAGUUACCAUUGUAUCUGAAAUAUAGUUUUGAUUUCCAUGUUAAUUUGGAUCAUCAUCUUUAUUGUUUCUUGAUGAUGAUUCCUCUAACGUACCUUUGGUUACCAUUGUAUCUGAAUUGUAGUUUUGAUUGCCAUGUUAAUUUGAAUGAGAGGAGAGAGGGAGAGGGAUCAAAGAGAUGGAACAAUGGAGAUAGGAGAGAAGAGGGAGGUUGGAGGGGAGAAGGUGAUAAGAGGGAAGGGAGGGCAAUGAGAAUGAUAGUUGUGGGCUACAAAGUAAGCAGAGAAGAAAAGAGCAUAUAGGAGGAGAGAAAGGACAAAAGAGGGAAGAUAGGAUGGUAACAGCAGGUACGAGCCAUAGAGAAAGGAGAAGAAAGAGAGGGAGGGGAAGGAGGAGGGGAGAGAAGAAAAAGAGAGUGGUGAUGACGUAGGGUGCUGGUCACAUGCAAAGGAGAAGGGGAGAGGAGAGAAGAGAGAGACGAUAGGAUGGUAACAGCAGGUGCAACCCAGCAUUUGCAGAGAGAAAGCAGGAAGAAGAUCAAGAAAAGAGGGAGACAUACUGGAUAAAGAAAGGACAUGUGGCUGAUGGCUGAAAAUCAAAUCUAGGGCAUAACAUGGGCGUCAAACGUGGAAAAUUAUAUUAUGAUCAAGGGGAAGGGGGGAAGGGAAUUGGGUUUGGAUCGAGUCGAGGCAUUUGGGUCAUUGAGUCAACCUAUGCAAAUGCCUGAUAUGCCCAGCACCUCAACUGAGCCAUUCGUCUAGGUGGCACCCAGUUGAAAGCAUUUUGCCCAAAACCCGCUACGACACUUGGGCCCAAGGUAGGCAAUACCGAAUGAUACCGCUUGGUAUGGGCGGUACGUACCGGUCUGACGGAAUACCGGUACGCGGACCACCCGCUACCGGGCGGAACGAAAAAAAAAAAAAAAUAUUUAUAUAUAAAUAUUUUAGAAAAAGGAGACGUUUGGCGACGUCGCCUUUUUCAGAUUAUAUAUAUAUAUGAUUAUAUAUAUAUAUAUUUAUAUAUUUAAAUAAACGAGGCGACGUUGCCCCGCGUGGGGAAGGAAAAGGCGACGUCGCCGAGGCGAUGCGACGUCGCCUUUUAAAUAAAAAAAAUAUAAAUAUAUAUAUAAUCUUUUAUAUAUAUAUUAAUUUAUAUAUAUAUAAACGAGGCGACGUCACUUCGGCGACAUUGCCCCGCUUGGGAGAAGAGAUAGCCGACAUCACUUCGGCGACGUCGCCGAGUUAUUUAUAUAUAUAUAUAUAUAUAUAUAUAUAUACCGAGCGGUAUACCGCUCGGUAUACAGUUUCGUAUCGUACCGAGCGAGCGUCAAAACUCCGGUACGGUACGAAAUUGCAGACCUUGCUUGGGCCUCACAUCGCCAUGCCCGAGCACCUAGGCGAACAUUUGGAACACUUCUUGGCAUCUUUGGUUAGCCAAAUAGUUUGACACCAAUACAAAACUUUUAUGGAUGAAUGCAAUAAGAAUUCAAUUUCAAAGAAGGUUGUGGCAUAUGAAUCAAAGGAACUUAAAGUGUCCUGGUCUUUGGACCUUUUUUUUCUUUUAUCUUUUAUUUAAGUCUAUUUCCUGUUUAGCUCGCUAAGGGAAGUCAAAGUAGGAAAGAUAUAGUUUAAUUAGGGGCUAGAGUUGUUGCAAUGCCAUGCUAUGGUGCUAGUUAACUUCUGACAUGGGUCAUUAGCUAAUACUGCUUGCAUUAUUUAAAUAAAUCAGAAUAAUCAUUCACAUUUGAGACACAAAACAGGAUUGUAUUGGUAGCUUGGCAUAUCGCACAUGUUGCACUUACCUGGGGUCAGCCAGUCUACUACCUGGAGUAGGAAUCGUUGCUGUUACAGCCUCAUUGCAUCCGGAAGUAACUCAUUUUACUGUUUUAGUUUCUCUCUGUUGGGUACAAAAGUUGAUGGUUAGUAAUUGCCAAUUGUAAUGCAGCUUUUAAAGUUUUCUCAGCCCUGGAUGCAUUACACUUGUGGUCAUGCAUGAUAUUCAGCUACUGUAAAAUGGAAUGGUUGACUAGUAGCCUUCCCUGGCAUGGCUUUGUUUGUAUUCUCCAUGUCAUGUCAGUUUUCUGUACUUUUGAGUUUGCACCCCUUGUUUUUGGUACUUAGCAAUUUGAUCUACAUGUCUGGUACAUAUUACCUUAUGAUUGUCUCUUAUGCUUGCUGAUCUCUAUGUUACUUUUGUUAGCUUGAAUCAGUCUUGUUCUAAUUCACUUCAGUAACUGUUUUUCGUGAGCCUAUUCUUUGCCGCAAUGUGCCACGCAUUGUUGCUGGUAAAAAUGAAAUUUUACUUGGUGAUAAGUUAAUUUUUGUGUGUAUGUAUGUGCGUGUUUGGAGGUCUUUGCUUAUGCUGUAUACUUAAAGGUCCACCUGUGGAGCAAGAUGUUUAUGAAUUUAAAGGCUCUGGUAUUGCAUUAUCUAUGUAUAAUGUAGAUGAGUCCAUUCGGGCUUUUGCUGAGUCAUCAAUGUCUAUGGCAUUUGCAAAAAAGUGGCCACUUUACUUAAGCACCAAAAAUACCAUAUUGAAGAAAUACGAUGGCAGGUUUAAGGACAUUUUUCAGGAGGUUUAUGAAGAAAAAUGGAAGUCAAAGUUCGAAGAACAAUCAAUAUGUUAUCCAGUUAUCAGGUAUGACAUGGUAGCUUAUGCAUUGAAAAGCAGUGGUGGUUAUGUGUGGGCCUGCAAAAAUUUUGAUGGAGAUGUCCAGAGCGAUUUCCUCGCCCAAGGAUUUGGUUCAUUGGGCUUGAUGACGUCUGUAUUGUUAUCAUCUGACGGGAAAACAUUAGAAGCUGAAGCAGCACAUGGGACUGUGACUCAACAUUUUAGGCUACAUCAGAGAGGACAAGAGACUAGCACGAACAGUAUUGCAUCAGAGAGGAUCUUGCACUUCUUAUCCAUGGUCCAAGAGUGUCCAGAGAAUUCUACUUGAACACCGAGGAGUUUGUUGAUGCUGUUGCUCAGAACCUUAAAGAGAAGAUCCAAGUAGCAGCAGUUAUUUAAAUGCUUUGUUAAUUUUCAAGAUGGAUGACGUUUCUACUCAAAAAAAAAAAAAAAAAAAAAAAGAAAAAAAAGAGAGAAAAGGAGGAGUUGGAUUUGAAGAGUAUGUCAAAAAGUUACAGCAUCUGAUGAGCAUGAAGGCUAUUAAUAAUGAGGUUUUGUCUAUGCAGCAGACAGAUAUCUGAAGAAAAACAGUUGGUUGUUGCUUACAUAUCAGGAAUAACAAUGGUAAGCCUAGUGUUAUCGUCUUUA